UCACAGAGGGGAUUAAAAUCACUUCUUUGACUUCUUUGCUGCAGAAUUACUCUUCUUCUUCCUGCGCUGAUGUGGUUUUAAUGAUGCUCGAGCUCACCUCGGGAUUGUACAUGUUGCCUGGCUGAUGCUGCGGCUGCCUCUGGAUUCUUCUUCUUCGAUGCCCAUAUUUGGAGUUAUUUGAGUAACAACACAUCCAGGUCAAAUGACCGUCUAAUGUCCGUGCAGAGUGUGACGAGCCUUGGUGUGACAUGGAAAAGACGGGACUAUACAGCCUCCUUUAUUACUUCAUUCUCAAUUCGCCCUUUAUGAUUUGUGCAAAUGCUGCAUUCACUGAAGUCCCUAAAGAUGUGAGUGUGGGGGAGGGAGAGGACGUGGAGAUGCCCUGCGCCUUCAAGGCCGUCAGCGCGGCGCCCAUGUCUCUGGAGAUCCAGUGGUGGUACCUGAAGGAGGAUGUGCCUAAAGAACUGCCUCACGAGCUGCAGAUCAGCGCCCCGGCCAGCAGAGCCAAGGUCGCUCCAAGGGAAGCCACAAAAAUCAGUACUGUGCGUGUUCAGGGCAACGCCAUCUCCCACCGCCUCAGUCUGUCCAAGGUGAAGAAGGAAGAUGAGGGCGUGUACGAGUGCCGCGUGUCCGACCUGUGGGCCGACGAGACUCAGGAAUUUACGGUUCACGCCAUGCUGCACGUCACGCUCGGCGACGGCAUGGUGGCCGAGGAGGCCGUGUCGCACAUCCAGAACCGCUGGCCGCUGAGAAACACCAACACAGCUCUGGGAGGAGGCGGAGCCGGGAGGGCCACGUCAGAGCCGGGUCAGGGGCCGGCAGGAGGGCAGAGGUUAGGACAGGGGAAGCACCGGGUGCCUCAGCAGGCCCAGCCCGGCCUCCUCCCGUCCAUCUCAUCCACCACCACCACGGUGGCCAAGUCGUCAGCCUCACCGCUGCCAGGGAACGCAGCCAUCCUCCGGCAGCAGCUCGGAGCCGGCUGCAGUGUGAUGAGCACCGUGGAUCCCCUCCUCUGCAUCACUCUCCUGUUCCUGCAUAAAGUCCUCCCCUUCCUGUUGGCCCACUGAAGAGACUUCAACCAAAAUUACGUCAACCUGCAGCGUUCUCACUUUCUAUACCAAAAAAAAAAACAAAAGCAGCAGUCAGAUCCCGGCGAGGGAGAAAUGGUCACAUUAAAUGCCGUUGCAAUGAAAUACUGCAGGGAGUGAAAGCAAUGCAAGCAGGACUCGACAGAAGAGACUGAAGAAAAACGGAGAGGGACGCUCAUCAGACUUGAAACAGAGAUGACUAUUGAUAAACUGAAUGUGGAGGAGGAGAGAGGCGUGCUUACGGUGAACGGUGGGAGCAUCACUACACACAGCCUACACAGCGUGGCCACAUGAAGCGCCGCCUCGACUCUGCACCAGCUUCAUGCAUGGCCCUCCUCAAACUCCACACACUCACAUUUCUGUUGCAGCAUUUUCACUGUGAAUUCUGUUCAUCUGAUAACAACCGAUCACUUCAGUGUGAGUCCUACUGCUGACUGUCAUUUGCUCUAUGGAUGACAUGUUUUUCUUUCAAAGGGGGCAAUUUGAUCAGCAUGAUCACAAACAUCAUUUUCUGUAGUCAUGUGAAGCAUCAUUAUACAGCACUACCUUUCAUUCAGUGUGUUAGUCUGAUGUAUGUCCACCUCCCUCCCACACACACACACACACAAACACACACACGCACACUUUUGUUCUCAUAGCUGUGUUCUCUAAUGUCAACAACAAAUAAUAAGCUGAUAUAUUUUAAGAUAAGGCACAUCUUACCAUUGUUGUUGU